AUGAGACUCCGCUUGAAGGACCCCGCAGAAACAGUCCGAGAAUGCGGUGACAACAUCGCUAAGAUAACCCCGUACCUGAAUUGGUUAUAUAGAUGGCCCUUUAUAUCACCAGCUCUGUCAGCUGCCGGCACGUUGCUGGGAAUAGAGAGUCGAGCGAAACUCGAGACGGCGAUAGAAGUUGUAGCGGAUCUGUUGGUCGCUUCAGACCCAAUUGAGGUACCACCUUGUAUCACUACUUAUGCCAUACACCUCAGCUACCUCAUUUGUUUGCUGGCGGCUGGGCAAUCCAAUGAAAACUCGCUAUAUGACUCGAUGAAUUUAGACCAAUCUUCAAUGAAUAUCGGCUCUUACCAUUACCAUACUCGCCAGGCACUGAUGGGUUGGGAUGGGGCGGUAUUGACGCUGUUUCAGUCUUUGUGGGAGGUUGCUGGUGGCGAGGGCUUAGAGGACUGGGAAGCAGAAGAAUGGGAGUCCAUAACGGAAGCGAUUGAGAGGAUAUUUUACGCACGCAUUAUGUGUUAUGAAUUGAGCUACUGUGGUCGGGCAUGUGGAUUCUCAGUUUCAGAAUUGGAGACGGACCUCAUCCGCGAUGACGUGCUACAAGGUCCGUUGUUGUUGGCUGUCCGGUUCGACGACUUGGAUACCAUUGAGAGCAUCAGGGCGGGGAUUGAAGAGCGCAACACGGCGCGCGUAUGGAAGACAUUGCGGUCUGUGUUUGGGUCUAAUCUCGGGUAUGUCGGGAAAGUGAAUCCGAUUAUUACUAAAUGGUUUGCGUUUGGUACUGAAGACUUCGAUCAGGUGUUCUAUGAUGUCGAACCGAAACCCACCAGAGACCCUGCUGAAGCGGAACGGUGGGAGAGCAUUAAAAGCGAUUUGAAGAAUGUGACUGAGGCCAUGGUCGGUAUCCUGCCACCAGAGGACGUGUUCAAUAAAUUUACCUCCUUCCUCAACGGCAAAAACGAAAAUAAGAAUAAUUAA